GUUAGCUGGUCGUCUAUAUAUUUGUCGACCAGGCGGCGUUUUUCUCGGCUGAAGCUGGGGUGCAGGGUCUGAGACGUCUUCUCUUCGAGUCUCCUGGGGUAGAGGACAGAGGCUGCCACAACCUGGGCCGCGGCCUGGGGCCCUGCCUUGGGGGCCCCCACUAGCUCGGGCCAUGCCUGCGGCCGCCGCCCCCAUUAUCAGCUCGGUUCAGAAACUGGUCCUGUACGAGACUAGAGCUAGAUACUUUCUAGUUGGGAGCAAUCAUGCAGAAACAAAAUAUCGUGUUUUGAAAAUUGAUAGAACAGAACCAAAAGAUUUGGUAAUAAUUGAUGAUAGGCAUGUAUAUACUCAGCAAGAAGUGCGAGAACUUCUUGGCCGCUUGGAUCUAGGAAAUAGGACAAAGAUGGGACAGAAAGGAUCAUCCGGGUUAUUUCGAGCUGUUUCAGCUUUUGGUGUUGUAGGCUUUGUCAGGUUUUUAGAAGGCUAUUAUAUUGUGUUAAUAACCAAAAGGAGGAAGAUGGCAGAUAUUGGAGGUCAUGCAAUAUAUAAGAUUGAAGAUACAAAUAUGAUCUAUAUACCCAAUGAUUCUGUACGUAUUACUCAUCCUGAUGAAGCUAGGUAUCUACGAAUAUUUCAAAAUGUGGACCUGUCCAGCAAUUUUUACUUUAGUUACAGCUAUGAUUUGUCCCACUCACUUCAAUAUAAUCUCACUGUAUUGCGUAUGCCCCUGGAGAUGUUAAAAUCAGAAACGACCCAGACUCGCCAGGAGAGUUUUGACAUCUUUGAAGAUGAAGGAUUAAUUACACAGGGUGGAAGCGGUGUAUUUGGGAUCUGUAGUGAGCCUUAUAUGAAGUACGUGUGGAACGGCGAACUUCUGGAUAUAAUUAAAAAUACUGUCCAUCGUGACUGGCUGCUGUAUAUUAUUCAUGGGUUCUGUGGGCAGUCAAAGCUGUUGAUCUAUGGACGACCUGUGUAUGUCACUCUAAUAGCUAGAAGAUCCAGUAAGUUCGCUGGGACCCGUUUUCUCAAGAGAGGUGCAAACUGUGAGGGUGAUGUUGCAAAUGAAGUGGAAACGGAACAAAUACUCUGCGAUGCUUCUGUCAUGUCUUUUACUGCAGGAAGUUAUUCUUCUUAUGUGCAAGUUAGAGGAUCAGUUCCCUUAUACUGGUCUCAGGACAUUUCAACUAUGAUGCCUAAGCCACCUAUUACAUUGGAUCAGGCAGAUCCAUUUGCCCAUGUGGCUGCUCUUCACUUUGACCAGAUGCUUCAGAGGUUUGGCUCCCCCAUCAUCAUCUUAAAUUUAGUGAAGGAACGAGAGAAAAGAAAGCAUGAGAGAAUUUUGAGUGAAGAACUCGUAGCUGCUGUGACCUACCUCAACCAGUUUUUGCCUCCCGAGCACACGAUUAUUUAUAUUCCUUGGGAUAUGGCCAAGUACACCAAAAGCAAGCUGUGUAAUGUUCUGGAUCGCCUGAACGUGAUUGCAGAAAGUGUGGUGAAGAAAACAGGCUUCUUUGUAAACCGCCCUGAUGCAUACUGUAGCAUUUUGCGGCCAGAUGAAAAGUGGAAUGAACUAGGAGGAUGUGUGAUUUCCACCGGUCGCCUGCAGACUGGUGUUCUUCGAACCAACUGUGUGGACUGUUUGGAUCGCACCAACACAGCACAGUUUAUGGUGGGGAAAUGUGCUCUGGCUUAUCAGCUGUAUUCCUUGGGCUUAAUUGACAAACCGAAUCUACAGUUUGAUACAGAUGCAGUUAGGUUAUUUGAGGAACUCUAUGAAGAUCAUGGGGAUACCCUGUCCCUUCAGUAUGGUGGUUCCCAACUUGUUCAUCGUGUAAAAACCUACAGAAAGAUAGCGCCGUGGACCCAGCACUCAAAAGACAUCAUGCAGACCCUGUCUAGAUAUUACAGCAAUGCCUUUUCAGAUGCCGAUAGACAAGAUUCCAUUAAUCUCUUCCUGGGAGUUUUCCAUCCCACUGAAGGGAAACCUCAUCUCUGGGAACUCCCGACAGAUUUUUAUUUGCAUCAUAAAAAUACCAUGAGACUUUUACCAACAAGAAGAAGUUAUACUUACUGGUGGACACCAGAGGUAAUAAAACAUUUACCACUGCCUUAUGAUGAAGUUAUCUGUGCUGCGAACUUAAAGAAGUUGAUAGUGAAGAAGUUUCACAAAUACGAAGAGGAGAUUGACAUCCACAACGAAUUUUUUCGACCAUACGAGCUGAGUAGCUUUGAUGACACCUUUUGCUUGGCUAUGACGAGUUCAGCACGUGACUUCAUGCCUAAGACUUUUGGCAUUGAUCCAAGUCCGUUUACAGUGCGUAAGCCAGAUGAAACCGGAAAAUCAGUAUUGGGAAACAAGAGCAACAGAGAAGAAGCUGUGUUACAGCGGAAAACGGCCGCCAGUGCCCCACCGCCGCCCAGCGAGGAGGCCGUGUCCAGCAGCUCUGAGGACGACUCCGGGACCGACCGGGAGGAGGAGGGCUCCGUGUCCCAGCGCUCCACGCCAGUGAAGAUGACUGACACGGGCGACAGUGCCAAAGUGACGGAGAAUGUGGUCCAGCCCAUGAAAGAGGUGUAUGGAAUCAACCUCUCAGAUGGCCUCUCAGAAGAAGAUCUCUCCAUUUAUUUAAGAUUUGUGCAGCUGGGGCAGAGUCAACAUAAACAAGACAAGAGCAGCCAGCAGUUCUGUUCCAGGUGCCCAGAUGGAGUUAUAAAAUUCAAAUAGGUAUUGAAUACCUAUUCGGACCUGUGUUAGGACCAUGGACAGCUGCCAUUUAUCAAGGUAAGGAGCACCGUAGGAGGAACCUUGUUUGCCUUUCAAGGGGGAUCAAAGUGGCCAUGUUUAGGAGGCAGUUGAAUCAACUGAUCUGGAACUCAGAAAAGAGCCUCUGGGAAUGUGAAUGCAUGUUGGUGAUAAUUAAAGCCUCUGGUUAAAGAUGACACCACUUAGGAAAAGAGAAUAACAGAGUGAGAAAAGGUCUACAGCUGAGUCUUGAGGGGAUCUGAGUUUAACGCUGAGGAGAGAGAGACAGAGAUGGCUAAUCAGAGAGGGGAAGGAAAACCAAGACUGUUAUAUCACAGCCUCCAAAAGGGCUAUUUAUCCCUUCUUUCUCUCCCCUUCACUAUUUUUUUUUCUCUUUUUUAAAAAA